AGGUGAAGGUCGUUGGGAUGGUGACGGUACAGCUUCAAAAUGUCGUCUAGACAGAGUAUGAAAUCCAGCCAGUUGAGUAUGAAAUUAGACUUAACUGGCUGGAAAGCAAAAUGCGCACCGUGGAUGGCUCAGGAUGGAUCACUUUAUCAAGUAACAGACGUUGCACCCGCACCAUCUAAAGAUUUUUUACAGUUAUUUAUUACUCCAGAAAUGAUCCAUUUCAGAAUUUGGAGAAUAAUUCCUCCUACAAGAGCAGAUGCGAACCAACAACCAACCGACAUGAAAUGCACUUACGAUGAAUUCCCUGAUGAUACAAGAAUGAGAGGUGAAAUAGCGAGGACCCUUGGGGAGCAUGAGUUGCAUUUUGUUGACAGACUCAUCCUCGGCCACAUUGACUGCCUCAACAGGCUCCCAAGGAAGGUUCUUUUAAGAAUCAUCUUCAAUCUUGACUUGACAGCUGUUUCUAAGUUGGGACAAGUUAACAGAAUGUUUAGAGAGCUGUGUUCCUCUGACACGGUGUGGUCUAAGAUUUAUAUGGACCAUUCAACUGCACCCAUCACACAAGAGCUGUUGAUGCUAACAGACAAACGAGGCUGGAAGGAAGUGUUUUUCAUGAACAAGUUACAGUUGCAAAAAACUAUUCACCGUAUGACAGACAAGAAAGCAAAAAGCGGUGAUACUUUUUUGACAUCGUAAAGGACUUCUAGAAAUCUGGCUAGCAGAUCACAGUUCCAGAGUCGGAUGAUGCAAGUGAAAGUGUUCCAAGUUGGGUGUUACAAGAAGAAAUUCUCCAAAGUCAGCUGUUACAAGAACUAUGAAACCAUUGCUCAAACAUAAAUUGGCCUUUCUGUACAAAUGUGGAAUUGUCGACAUUUAAAAAUGUCUAGUUUAAAAAAUACCAAGUGAAAGAUAUUUCAAAUUAACAUUUUAGUAUUAACAAAUGUUUCAAACAUUUUUAUUUCAAGUAUUUUAUAUUUUUAUUUGAUGUACGGUUUACUUAAAUUACAUCUUUAUGGUCAUUUUUUGCAUUUAUGCUUUGUGAUUAUUUCAGUCUGACUAACAUAGACUUAUAAAUGUGUUAGAGUACUUGGAACAUGUACUUAUUUUUUAAUUUAUCCAUCCAUAUAUUAUAUAUUUAUUUAUUAGCAUUUUAGUAUUUACAUACUGCUAUAUAUUUACUCAAUCCAUUUUCUUUAUGACUUGAGGUGAUUUUUUAAAAAUUAUAUAUUUAUUUGUAUUAAAUAAGUCAAAAAAAUUUUUCUAAAGUAUUUUUCUUUAGUAUUAUCCACAAAGUCAGAACUUUAUUUUCAUAUCCCCACUGCCAAAAUUUUUUGUAUUUUUGUAAAUAUGAUUUUUGUAGAAGCAAUGAAUUUUGUAGAAGCCUAUGUUUCUGUGUAAUAAUGGGCGAAAUUCCACCUCAAGAAGCUAUAAAUAGACAGUAAUCUCUGCUUUUUUUGUAUAACUCUUUUGUGUAUUCAAAUAGUUUUUAUUUAGCCCUGUAAUCUAAAAAUCUGAAUCUUCCACUGUGUUAUAAAUCUUUACUAGGAUUUCUUUGGAUUACUUUGAACCAAAAGGUAUUUAAAAAUCUAACAACUUUUUUACACUUCUGUUAUAGAAUAUUGAUUUUAUUAUUUUUCUGUCAAGAUUUCAAUUCUUAAGAAAAGAAUUUUCCUCCAGUUUUCUAUAUUUUAAAAUUAUUUUUAACUUCAGCAACUGAAAGUCAAUUUUUUUCUGCUAUUUACAACAUUUACUCUUUACAUUAAUAAAAUGUUUGUAAAGACAAUGUACUAUAAUAAAACAAAAUAAACACAAAUAUUAGGUAUCUUUUGAAACAAUUCAUUCAUGAACCGCAAUUUCAAAUAGAUUUCCAAACUUUUGAUAGACCCAGACUGGGAGUUUUUUGAAACUAUGCUUCUUAUAUAUAAUCUUUAAUAUAAUAUAUAGAUGUUUCAUAUAUCCUGUUUUAGAGAUUUUUGUCAUAUUUAAAAUAUUUAAUAAUAAUUUUAGAAUUUAUAUUUUUGAUAAUAAUUUAAAAAUCUUUGUUUUUGAUAAUUUAUUUUUGUGAAUAGUUUAAAUGAUCGUUUACUAAAUAUUUUUCUGUAAAUUUGAUGGACUGAGGAUGCCAUAUAAAAAUCUCUUACAUUAGUUCUUUUAAAAAAUGAUUUGAUGAAUGUGGUAUUGAUUUAAAUGUACAUGAGAUUGCUGUUAUUUUUUUGUGGAAUUCUCAUUUUUUUGUGUAUUACAAUUACACAAAUUUUAGUUUUGAAGACCUUGAAAAUGCGGCUAAAUUUUACACAGUUGUUUAUUUAGCUUUGCUUAUUUUACUUAAUAAAAUUCUUUUACUUAUUCAAUUCAACUAAUUCUAAGAAUGAUCAGUUUAUAAUAAUCUCUUGAUAGUAAAUGAUAAAUUAAAAUAUUUAGAAAUUCAGUGCUCAGAUUUUCUUACAUAUUUCAUAAAUGUACACAUUCUUAUUCCUUUUACAAA